ACCCUUGUGCUCUUAGUUGCCUAUGGCAGAGAAUUCUGCUUCAGCAGAGAAAGCUCUUGAUAAACUGAACGACCAGUUGACUUGUCCAAUAUGUCUGGACCAGUACAAAGACCCAAAACUGCUCCAAUGCUUCCAUGUCUUCUGUGAGAAGUGUCUGGAGCCUGUGGCACGUCAGACCCCACAGGGAGGACAGGUGGUGGAGUGCCCCAACUGUCGCCACGUCACCGCUCUGCCCCGGGAAGGAGUCUCUGGCCUACGGGGAGCCUUCCUCAUCCACCACCUCUUUGACAUCCAAGACAUCCUCAAGAAAGUCGGUACCCCAUCUGGCACCAAAUGCGUCAAGUGCGAAAAGCGAGACCCGACUUGCUUCUGUCGGUCCUGUGGGUUCCUCUGUGACACCUGCAAGAAGCCCCAUUGCGAAUGGAAAGAGUUUUCCUCCCACGAGCUAGUCAGCCUGGACCAGCUGACAGAAGACGUGACUAAUCUGGUGCCUCCGCUCCAGAAGACUCUGAACUGCUCCAAACACCCGACCAAAGAGCUAGACCUCUACUGUGAGACUUGUAAGGAGGUCAUCUGUCGAGACUGCAUCGUCAGGCUCCAUCGCGACCACCAGUACGAUCUGGUGAGCGACGUGUUCCAACAACAGAAGGAAGUGCUGGUGUCCUCAGUUGAGCCAGCAGAGCAGCAGCUAGCCUCAGUCGGGAAGGCUCUGGAGGACCUCAAGUCUCUGUCUGGGAAAAUCACCGGCCAACAGCAGGCCUUGGAGACCCAAAUCAGGGCAGAAAUUCGCCUCAGUCACCAAGCUCUUGAGGCGAGGGAAGAGGUCCUUAUUACACAGCUGGACCAGAUGACUCGGGAGAAGUUGAAGAAUGUAGCGGCCCAGCAAGAGCAGUUGGAGCUAGUUGCCACUCGUUUGCAAAGCUGCUGCGGGUUCUUCCGGGAGACCCUGAGAACUGGCAGCCAGAUAGAGGUAUUGGCCAUGGCAAAGCCGUUUGUGCAGCAAGUUCGAGAUGUAAUGUCUUCUCUCACGCCGGAGUCUCUAGUACCCCAAGAAAAAGCCGACCUAGACUUUGCCAGCAGUCAACGUGUGGGGCUUCGGUUUGCAGUGAUGGGAAAAUUAGCCGUAGCCACAUUAAAAACGGUGGACCAGAAGGGGCGAGAAUACCGGCAUCCAGUGGAAGUGAGUUUGGCAGUCGUGUCGAGUGAUGGGUCCACCGGGGAAGGGGAGAGCAAGAGGAUGGGGGGUAGCCGGUACGUGAUAGGAUACCUCCCCUGGCAUGAAGGACUAAACUGCCUCCACAUCAGAGUAGAGGGCGAGCACAUCUCGGGAAGUCCGUUCCCUGUCUCUGUCAUCACCGAUACACCCACUAUCAUCGCCGGUGUCACUCAACCGUGGGGAUCAGCUCUAGACAAGGACGGCCAGUUAGUUGUAUCGGAAUUUGGCAAGCACUGCCUGUCGGUGUUUAGCAGCGAUGGGCGACAGAAGAAAUCGUUUGCCACCUUUGGGUCUGGUCAUGGACAGCUGAAUCAUCCGUGUGGCGUGGCUUUCUCUGCCACAGGAGAUAUUCUCGUGGCUGACCAAUUCAAUCAUCGUAUCCAGGUUUUCUCCCCCGAGGGAAAGUCAGUGAAGUGUGUGGGCACUAAAGGCAAUGGACGGCUACAGUUCAACUACCCGGUUGGUAUUACCGUUCAUCCUGGCUCUAAGAAGCUGUAUGUUGCCGAUUCCGAUAAUAACAGAGUCCAUGUCCGCAAUGCAGACCUGACGUUUUGCAGCACUUUUGGUUCGGAGGGCGUAGGCAAUGGACAGUUCAAUAACCCACUUGGAGUCGGUUUCGAUGCUGCUGGGAACUUGUACGUCACUGAUUCUGACAACCACAGGGUGCCAAGUGUUCACGGAAAACGGAGAGUAUAUGCGACAGUUUGGGAAGAAGGGAAGCGGUGCGGGGGAACUUUGUAAGCCCAGGGGAGUGGCAAUAGACUCCAACAACAUAGUCUACAUAGGCGACCUUGGCAACCAUCGUAUCUCGAUAUUUUCUGGAGAGGGAGAGUUUCUGGGAAUAGGUGGUGAUCGUGGGAGUGGGCCAGGACAGUUUAAGUACCCAUGUGGAGUAACCAUUUCAAGCCACGGAUGCAUCUACGUUAGUGACUGUGGAAAUAAUCGCAUUCAGGCGUUUUGACACUUCUUUAGACAGGAAACAAUUACCCAAGCCAUUUAUGCAGCACCUGAAAAAACCCUGUAUGGGCAGUGUGUAUA